CGCAGCGCAGCAGUCGUCCAGUGCAGCUCAGAGCAGCCAGUGCGUUGUCUCUCGUCGAAAGAGAGGAAGGGAGCGUGUGUGUGUUACAGUUUCUCUCUCUCUCUCUCUCUCUCCUUCUCUCUCUUUCCCUGUUGUGCGUCCGCGAGUGAACUAUACUCUGCGUACAGCAGCCGCAGCGGCAGUCGUAGUUCGGAGCUGUGUAAGGACGCGCGCGAUAGCAGCAGCAGCAGCAGCAGCAACAUGGCCACCGCGAUCGACGACCGGCAGGAGCUCCUCGAGCGCUUCCAGGCGAUCGACGAGAACGGCGACGGGUUCAUCGACCUGGCGGAGCUGCGCAACGCCCUGGACCAGUGCGGCUUCAAGAUGCCAGGAUACAAGGUGCGCAGGAUGAUCGAGGAGUACGACGACAAGCGCCGGCCUCAGGAGAAGGGACGUCUGAGCUUCGAGGAGUUCGAGAAGCUGUGCCAAGAACUGAGAGCCAGCGAGCCGAGUUCGACCUUCAAGCAGGUCGUUUCGAAAAAGGAGAACCUCGAGAGGCUUGGAGGCACGUCGGCUGCGUCGAGCGAAGGAACGACCCACUCGGUCAGGCACGAGGAACAGCUCGCCUUCAGCGACUGGAUAAACACGAAUUUGGGACACGAUAAGGACCUCAAGCAUCUGCUGCCCAUCGAUGCCGAGGGGAAAACUUUGUACGACAAGGUCAAGGACGGAAUCCUUCUCUGUAAAAUCAUCAACCACUCGUGUCCAGACACGAUCGACGAGCGCACGAUCAACAAGAAGAACCUGACCCUCUACAGAAUGCACGAGAACCUGACGCUGGCCCUCUCCUCUUCCCAGUCGAUCGGGUGCAACAUCGUCAACAUCGACGCUCACGACCUGACCAAAGGCUCGCCUCACCUGGUCCUCGGACUGCUCUGGCAGAUCAUCCGUAUCGGUCUCUUUAACCAAAUCACUCUCGAGAACUGUCCAGGCCUGGCGCGACUGCUGCAGGACGGCGAACGCAUCGAGGAUCUCCUGCGACUCUCACCAGAGGAGAUCCUGCUACGUUGGGUGAACCAUCACCUCGAGAACGCCGGCAUCGGCAGGCGAUGCAACAACUUCUACUCCGACAUCACCGACUCCGAGAUUUACUCGCACCUCAUCCACCAGAUCGCUCCCAAAGAGGCUGGUGUCAGCCUCGAAGCUCUCAUGGAGUCGAACCACCUCAACCGGGCUGAGAUCAUGCUGCAGCAGGCUGCCAAGAUCGAUUGCCGUAGCUUCGUCACGGCCAGCGACGUCGUCAACGGCAUCCACAAGCUCAAUCUCGCCUUCGUCGCCAACAUGUUCAAUAAGUACCCGGGACUCGACAAGCUCGAGGACGACAGUAUCGAGGGCCUCGAAACCAUCGAGGAGAGUCGCGAGGAGAAGACCUACCGUAACUGGAUGAACUCGAUGGGCGUCACGCCCUAUGUCAAUUGGCUCUACUCCGACCUCGCCGAUGGCCUCAUCUUUUUCCAGCUCUACGACAUCAUCAAGCCUGGUACGGUCAACUGGAACAAGGUGCACAAAAAGUUCUCCAAGCUGCGCAAGUUUAUGGAGAAACUGGAAAACUGCAACUACGUUGUCGAGCUUGGCAAACAGAUGAACUUUUCGCUGGUCGGAAUCGCUGGCCAGGACAUCAACGACGGCACUGUCACCCUCACGCUCGCACUCAUUUGGCAACUUAUGCGAUCUUACACGCUCUCUAUUUUGAGCUCUCUCACUGGCAGGCCCGGUACUGCUGUCGUUGAGAAGGAAAUCGUACAGUGGGUAAACUCGAAGCUCCAGGCAGCUGGUAAAACUUCCUCCAUCAAGAGCUUCCAGGACUACACGAUCUCCAACAGCAAAGUCAUUCUCGACCUCAUUGACUCGAUCAAACCGGGAUCGGUCAACUACGAUCUAGUAAAGGAAGCAGGCAACGAUCAGCCUGAGGAAAAGUUGGACAAUGCAAAGUAUGCGCUAUCCUUGGCCAGAAAAUGCGGAGCCCGCGUUUAUGCGCUGCCCGAAGACAUCACCGAGGUUAAACAGAAGAUGGUCAUGACGGUGUUCGCUUGUCUCAUGGCGACAGAUUACGUGCCGAGCAGGGAUGCGAACAAUCAGAAUAAUGACCUCAUUGCAACUAGCGAGAAUAACGGCCAAUCAUAAGCGAGAGAGCAUUGACGCUCUCCUUUCCUUCUAAUGCCCGAUUGUUUUUUAUGUAAAUAUAUAUGAGUGAAUAUAUUUUUAUCUAUAUUCAUUCGUGUGUGUGCGUGUACGCGCGUCUGUAUGCAAUGAUGCAUAUAUAUAUAUAUACAUAUAUAUAUAAUAUUAUGUACACAUUCGACAUGUUUCGCCGGCCUUUUUGCCACUCGAACGUAGUCAUAAUGAACUAAAAUGUGCUCUACACCUAGCGUAAAAUUACGAUUCCGUAGCACUAUUGAUUUUUUAAUAUCUGCAGAUAUUUUACGUGCUUAUUUAAAAACUGUACGUAUCUACGUACACGCGACGUUUUCCAUUGCAAAUACAACAGUCUUAAAUUGCAACUUGGCAUUUCCGGGAAAGUAAAACUGACAUUACCAGUUUUCGACUUUUUACUCGAAUUUACAAUAUUUUUAUGUUGAGACUACGUGCGAGUUAACAGAUCAUUUGCUAUAAAUACGUAAAAAAAUAACUGUGCAAGUGAUACACUGUUUUUGGACUGUUUUAUUUGAGAUGAAAAGCGUCAUAUAUAUGUACAUUAUUUUUGUUUGUUACUUUAUUGCUAAGUUGCAAUAUCACAUCUUUUUUUUUAUAGUUAAGUAUAGGUACUAUUACUUCAAAAGUCAUAGUAGAUAAAAGUAAUUAAAAAAAUGAGUAUACAAUCAUGCAAUAUUAUAAAUUAUUCAAAUAUCUUUCUAUAUUUGGAUUUUUUUUGUUGUUAAUUUUGAAGAUUUUUUUUAGGUUUUAUAUAUACAAAAGGAAAAUGAAAUUUGAAAUAGCAAUAGCGCUUCAUUUGCCUACAUACUUGAAACGAAAAAUCAAACAAAAAUAUAGCCUAAAUAACUAGCUAUUUAUUUUAUCUUAGGUUGAAUUUUUGUAUUUUGCGGAUCAAAUUUUCAAGUGUACAAACAAAGGAAAAGUAAGAAAGUGGAUAUUGCAGUAGUCCGAAAGUAAUUAAGACAUUUAAAUGCGAGACUUGUACUAUUAUGAGCGAAGAUGGCCUUCCUUCUUUGCAUUUUGAUACAAUCACUAUGUGCAAUAAUAUAAAAAAUCACGAAAGAUCAUGAUAAUGCUUAUAUGAGUAGCUUUUGCAGCAUUCUCGUGGUUUAUGGAAACGUCGAUUUAUAUAUGAAUAAAAAUGCGUAAACUUUCUACAUUUAUAAAUAUAUACAUACAUAAUAUAACUAUAACGUUUAUUAUAUAAUUAACGUAUCUAAUAUAUUAGACAAAAAUCAUUCAAAUGCAAAAUCUCUUAUUUAUGCUUCACAUUGGAGCCAUGCCAAUGAAAAUUAUGAUAUUCAAUAGCGCAUGUAAUGGAUAAGGUUUGAAAUGUAGUACUUUAAAUAUUGCCAUAGUUCAUGAUCCGUACAAAUUUUUAGGCGCACAAACUUUAUUUAUAUACUUUGUUUUUUUUUCAUGGUUUACCCGUGCUCGGAUCUUGAAAAAUUUUCCAACUAUAAAUAAAUUUUUCUCGAAAAACUUAAGUAGAAUCAAAAUGUAAAAUAUUCUCAAAUACGUAGAUUAGUAAAGGAAAAAAGUUGACUUGCGUUUCCUAAGGAUCAUUCACCGUAGUUAAAAAAAACGGUAAAAACGACUGAAAAUGUAGAAUAACAAAAAUAAAGUGUAAAUUCGAUUAAAAGUUUUAGUAAGUUACGAAUCCAAUUCAUAUUUGAAGGAAGUAAGUGACAUUCUGUUACUUAAAAUUUUUUGAAUUUUGUGCUCAAUAACAUUUUUAUCGAAUUGAACUUGUGGCAUAAUUAUUCUACUGUUUACAGUUAGUUUAUUUGUGAACAAAGGCCGGCUGACUUUUUGGGUCAGAAUAUAGGUAGAAUCGAAUUGAAUAGUAACUGCUACGAUUUAUACAUUUUUUAGAUGAAUAAAAUGUUUUAUACAUUCUAUUAGAAAUUCAUGUAAUCAUAUAGGGGAAACAAAUUUUUAAAAAUAAUAUAUUUCUAUUGAUCUAUUGAUGAAGUAUCCAUGUGAGCGUAUAUUAUGAUUUUGUUGUAACAUCUUAAAUAAGCUUAAGACCAUUUCCAGUAUAUUACGAAAAAUUACCUUCUUUACAAAGGUUACUAUUUUACUAUCAUAUAAAAUUAAACUGCAGGCUCCAUAAAUGUAAGCAUUUUAAAACGCAUAAAUAGUAACAUCAAAUUCGGAGAAGGUACAAAGAGUUCUCUCAUCCUUUUUAUAAACCCCAUGAGCAUAAUAAGAGCACUCGUCCUAAUGAAUAGAUUUCCUACGAAGCUAUUUACAGAUAAUAAAGUUUGUAAAAAAUGGGUAGUGAUUUUUACAAAGUUUGUAUACAUCCGCGAUCACCAACGAUUAUAGAAUAUGUUCACCUCGAUUGAAUAAUUAGAAUUGGAAUGGGUAUGAAAGUUUAAUCUUUUAUAUCAACACUAAUAUACAUAUAUUUUUAAAAGAAUACGAAUGUAACUACUCAGUAAAAUUGUACUACUAUCAUCGAAUGCAGUCUUCUUUUGUAAAUGAUUUUACGCAUGCAUGUAAAAUUACAAAAAAAAAAAAAUUAACGUGCAUUUAUUGUAUAACGUAGCACAGUGGGGUGUGCAAAUAAACAAAGGUGAAUAGAGUUAA